GUCGUUGUUAAGGAUAAUAAAUAUGGCGAUCCAUGUAUACAAAUUGUCUACUACUAACUAAUGUGGCUAAGCUGCAAGCAAUAAGUGUAUCUCGGAUAAAGUUUUACAGGUUCGAGAGUUUUCUGUAAUUUCAUAAACAAAUAAAAAUGUCACGAGCUCAAGCAGAAAGUGUAAUUAAAAAUAUUAUACGAGAAAUCGCGCAAGAAUGUGCUUGUAAAGGUCAAGCUGUGUCUGAAACAUUAGUUGCAUUUAUGGUGAAAGCUGUUGUUUUAGAUCCAGCUAAUGAAUUUAAUGUUGACCGCACACUAACUAAAGAUGAUGUUCAGAAACUCAUACGUUUAUGUGUUGAUCGUCUCAUGGAUGCUCGGUCACCUGCCUUGGAUACAGUCAAAAUGCAAGUUUAUUUUGACAUGAACUACACCACAAGAGCUGAUUUCUUGGAUGAACAUAGAAGAGUUCUUGAGUCUCGGUUGCUGCCUGUAAUAAGGGAGAUUACUGACAGUAGAGCAAGAACACGUGAAGAACUAGAAAGUCUGUAUAGAAAAAUAGUGUCUGCAGUUCUUCUGAGAUCAGGAUUAGGAAGUCCAACAGACAUUGCAGUUGUUAGAGAAGCUACUGCUGCUCUUCAGUCAGUUUUUCCACAAACUGAACUUGGCACAUUUAUGACUCUAACCAAAAGGGAAAAAGAAAGACAACUGACUGAGCUCACUAUGAUAGUAACAGGCAUCAGACUUUUUAAUAAAGAAUGUGGAAAAGGGGGAGAAGGCAUUGAUGACUUGCCAGCUAUUCUAAAUGAAGCUGUUCCAGCUACAACCCAAAGUGUUGAUGAAGAGAUUCAAAGCACGUUGCAAAGUACUUACAAGUACACAGCUCUUAUAGAGGAUAUGUUGAAAAAACCCUCAAAAGAGGGCCUGUCCAUCCAGUUGCUGAAAGAAGCCUUAAUAAACACUCGUCAACAUGAAACAUUUUUACGGAUAAUACUGAGUGAUGUUAUCAGUUGUGCUCAUCAAGUUGAACAGUUGGAAAAUCAGCUGGGUACAAGAAUGGAGCAAUUGCAAGCUACAGUUCAAUCUAAAACAGCUGUGCCUACUGCACAAGUCUAUCCUCAGUUUAUUCACCUUGCUCAGCUCUGGAGCAGCUUUCAAGAUGAAAUGGUUUUACUGAGUGUGCUUAGUAACAUUUUAGCAAGUCUUGAGCCAUUCACAAGAAACCACAAAGAGCAGCUCAGUGAUGAGAUCAUAAAUUUAUACUUGGAAGGUGUAGAGGUUUUAACUGAUGAAGAGCGGAUUGAGAGGACCAGCAGUGAGAGGAUAAAUCCUAAAGACUACAGGGCUGAGAAUAGAGACUGGCUAUUUUCUGACACCACCAAAAAUUUCUCUCGACUGCUGCUUCAAUACAGGGGCUACUGUGCAUACACUCUUGGUAAAUGUGACAGACUUCUAGUGCCCGGAAAUCCUGAAAUUGGAGUUCUUCGAUUCCGAGAACAUUACUAUGCUUUCUCUUCUAAAGAAGCAGCAUAUAAAUUUGCUGAAAACCCCCAAGAGUACAUAGCUCUUGUGGCAGAAGCUGCAAAAAAAAGUCCUGAAUUAAUUCAGCUUCUUGAACUUCAUACUCAGUUUUCUACAAUAACCCCCUACUCACAGAGUCGAGAUGCAGGUAAAAUGAUUGAAAAGCCUAUUACUAAAUGUGACAGUGGAUCUCAAACAGACACACAUAUUUUAGAAUCAAACAUUGUCAAGACAUAUGCAUGGAAUGAAUGGGAAUUGAGAAGGAAAGCAAUCAAAUUGGCAAAUUUAAGAACUAAGGUGACACAUGCCAUGCAGACCAAUGGAAGCAACAUGAGGAGAGACAAUGAAACUCAAGUCUAUUUACCCAAGGAACAAGAUACACAGACUAAGCAAGACAACUAUAGCAAUGUCUCCAAACCCCAGACCUUCCUGCAUGGUUUGAGAGGUGGUGGCACUGGUCUACCAACUAACAUGCUUAAAGUUGAUCUUACUGUUGAUGUCUCAGAGCCAAAAAUAGUGCGAGAGUUUAUGGUUCCAGGAAAAAAAUAAUUUCUUACUUUUAUUUAUCAAAACUUCAAAACAAAAAAUAAGCAAUUAUAUUUACAAAUGGAUAUUUUUUUUUAUAUAUGUAAAAGAAUAUAAUAUACUUUUUAUGCACAAAAUUUAGAUUUAUAAAAUUUUAUAAAUACUUGUACUUUCACAUCAAUGGUAGGCCCAUUUUAAUAGUACUAAUUACAGAAUUUUGUUUAACAUUAAACUAUACAUUAACUUGCUGUUUAUACUGAAGUAAGGAUCACAGACUAAAGGACACAUAAUGACAUUCACUAAUGAAAAGAAAUAUUGUAAAAUUUCUUUAUAAAUUACUACUUUUUAAACAGUGUUCUAAUUGAUUCCAUUAGACUGAUUAGAAUUCAGUUGCAUAAUAUGAGUUUUAAUAAAAUUAUGGUGUAACUGGAGAUUACUCUAGGCUUGUGU